GAAUCGUUUGCCGAGAGGUUGAUUGCGUUUGCCUGCGUUGAAGGGAUCUUCUUCUCUGGUAGCUUCUGCGAGAUAUUUUGGCUGAAUCAGCGCGUAUUGAUGCUCGGGUUGACGUUCUCCAACAAGCUGAUAUCGCGAGAUGAAGGGCUUCAUUGUGAUUUUGCCUGCUUCCUGUAUGGGUUGAUGAAGGUGAAGCCCAGCGAGGAGCAAGUGAAAGGAAUUGUUUGUGAUGCCCUGCCAUGCGCGCUGGUAGGGAUGAAUGGGGCUUUGAUGGGCUAG